UGAUUUUACGUGCUCUCCCAGUGAUGUGUCAGAUCAAAAUACGCGAACAUGCUCGAAACAAUUGUUGGUUUUCUUAUACUGAUUUUUUGAGAAAAUCUCAAGUGAUUAUGCGUGAGGAACAAUUGAAAUGUUAUAUGAGUUUGUGUCUGGUGGAGUGAUCAUUUUGAAAGUAUGGAUUCACUAAGGAAGUGGUUUUACAAACCAAAGGCCGGUGACCGAUCGCUCUUGGCACGGUUUUUCCAUGCAGACCGUUCCUUAUCAGCGGUGUCCAGCGAACUGGACAGCUUUGACGGUCGCUCCGAACCCGAGCGCUGCUCUAGGCUCGUUGGCAGGCUGCGACAGGGCCAGGAUCGUGUUUUGGCUAUAACGGGGCAAAUCAUGGACGAGAUUCUGGGAAAUGAUCGAGCUCCGCGUGAAUUUCGAGUUAAAUUCCCCGAGGAAGUUUUGCAGGACAGCCUGGGCGGACAGCUUUGGUUCGGUGCUGAGUGUCUCGCAGCUGGCUCAUCGAUAAUGAAUCGCGAAGUCGAGAGCGCCGCCAUGCGCCCCCUUGCCAAAGCAGUCACCAAAAGUUUGGACAACGUGCGGAAUCUUUUGCGCGAACAAUGCCUUCGGAACAAUACGCCAAACGGUCCAUUGAAACUGGAUGCUAAUGACAUAUUGACGGAAAUGCUCUAUGAGAGUCUCAAAAUAUUCGACAAACUCUUCGCCGAGUUCGAGUUGCUCUAUGUCAGCGCAAUGGUUCCCGUCAAAUCUAAGCAAGAGUUCGAAAUACAAGAAAUGAUCUGUGUCCUGUUCUCUGAAACUUUGCACCGUGCUCUCAAAAUUGGACUCCUUAAUCAAGAGCAAGUAGAUAGUUUUGAUCCGGCUUUAAUGUUCUCUAUACCGCGUUUAGCUAUUGUGAGUGGUUUAGUUGUGUUUACUAGUGGUCCUCUCAAUGUCGAUCAACCACCUGAAAAUAUGUCGGAAAUGUUCAGGCCGUUUAAAAAUUUACUUACAAAAAUUCGAGAUUUUUUGUGGACUUUAAAUAGAAAAGAAUUAUAUCAAUUGGAAAAGCUAUUGUGCACGAACGAAGAAUUAAGUGUGAGCAAUGGCAAUGGUUUGAGUUAUGACAAUAAUGAAUUAGUGGGUGAAUAUUCUUCUGACGCAUCAUCUAAUAAAGUAGUGAUAUCAAGCUUUUAUUCUCUUGUUGAUGAUCAAUCUGAUUGGAGUAGUGAUACGAUGCAGGAUUUAGAUGCCAAAUCUGAUAUUCAAUGUGAUAAUAACAUGAUUCAAGACUGUGCCAGUGGUUAUUUGAUACCCAAUGCAAAUUUUGGUACUUUGCUUCAAACUGAAUCCUUGCUGAGCAAUAGUUUUUUAUCUUCUGACGAAUCAACUGUAAAUCCAUUUGAUUCUACUUUAUGUGAUGAGCAAUACGGUACUAAUUCUUAUGAGAAUCUAAGAGAUUUGGUGCAGGAAGGACAAAAAAUGGUUGACGCGACUGAUUUACCAAAUGAACAAACUUCUCAAGCACCCGCGGAUUCUGGAAUAUCAACCGGAAAUACAAGUUUAGAUCGGACACCAGAAUCUGAACAGAGUUCAACAAAUGUCAUUGAUUUGGAAUCGAAGUACAAUGACAAUUGGAAGCAGCUUUACAAAGAUAAGUCUGAAUCCAUUCAAGUGGAAAGUGAAAAUUCUAGUAAUAAUGUUUUGCAAAUCACCUCAGCCAAUAAACAUGUAAAUAAUUCGAAUUGUGAUAACUUAGAUUUAGGUGAAGGGCCAAGUGGUGUUAAAGCAGAACUUAUUAAGCAAAGUAAUGAAGUCAAAACUUUAGUCGAUGGAAUUUUAAAUAAGAAUGUUAGUGAUAAUAUUAAUAGAUCUAUAAAUGAAUCUAGUGCUGCUAAACGUUCAAAAGAAACCCUUGAUAAAAAAAAUUCUAAUGUGUCAAGUAGUGAUUCAGCAUAUCGUUGUGUGCCUUGUGCAAGUAAUUUUGCCGCAGAUAUCUUAUACGAUACCGAUGAUGAAAUGGAAAUUCGUAGAAGAGUUGCACGAGCUAUUCGAACUGCUGAACGCACUCGAUUUAGUUCUACUGAAGAUCUUCUGCAUAGACUAUUUGUUUGUAUAGCGGGAGUAGCUGAUCAGCUUCAAACCAACUUUGCAAGCGAUUUACGCCAAAUUUUACGUAGUGUAUUUCUUAUGAAUACCACACCAAACAAUGAGCAAGAAUCUGGUACUUCAAGCAGUACGAUGGCCCAAUGUAGCGGUUGCAGCAGCAGCGCUAGUUCAGAGCAAAAUUCCAACGCGUCAUUUGAAUAUCGAGCGUCGGAAACAGAUAUCGUGCAAAGUGGCGGUAGCAAUCAGAGUAUUUAUUCAGCUCACGAAGUUGUUAUAGAUUCUUCUAGUAACAGCAGCGGAAGCAGCAAUAUCGUUGAAGACGAUCGAUUAGUUAGAAACGAGAGAAGUCAGAGCAUGACUUCUCCAGAAGUAGCACCAGUUCCAACUUCACAAACGGAACAUGUAGCAGUAAGAGAGCGGUCGAGUAGUUUUUGUGAUAACCUUCGGAAUAACGGCGGCAUGAGAACAGCAAAUCACGCAGCCGGAAGCAGUACCGGGCAUAUAGAUAGACUGGCUAGAAUUAGCAAUAGUGGAAGUCCAGAAGAACAUGUUGUUUCUAGUAUUCCAUCUACUUUAUCUCUUAUUACACUACGAAAUCAAGAUGAAGUAUCAAAUUUCCAUGGUACCAUGUCACCUCCUUCAUGGGUUCCGGAUAGUUCGGCCCCGCAGUGCAUGUCCUGUAGUGCAAUGUUCACCGCCUUCAGACGACGUCACCAUUGCCGUCGGUGCGGCGGAGUUUUUUGCGGUACUUGUAGCGCAACUUCCACACCUCUACCCCGGUACGGCAUGGCAAAGGCUGUACGAGUUUGCAGAGCAUGCUACCUCAAGGAGAUUACCUCUGAAUGAAACAACGCCGUCCUGCUGUUUUGUUUGUUUGCUUGUUGUAGACCAUCGAUUAUUCUGUUUGAUUUUGAAUAUUUGAUUACUUAUUGGUAGUUUUUUACAAGUUUCAUUUGUACGUGAUGACAUUUUCAAUGGGUAUUUAUUCAAAUAGCAUUGUGUAUUAACUCACAUACUUAAAUAUACAAAGCAUCAUUUAUACAGUCUUCCACAUCACAAAA